CGCGUCGGAUCAAUCCAUCCCCUCGCCCUCGCCUUCUGCUCUUCCUCAUCGGGGGCAGGCGGAGCCGCAGAGGGAGGAGCCGCCGGCGCUAGGAAUCCCCAAUCCGUAUCGCUCCCCCAACGAUUUUGAGUAUAUUGCUGCUGCUUCUCAAGCCUAUUCUUAUUGUAGAUCGAAUCGAUCAAUUCGCUGCAUCGACUGAUAGUAGAUAGGGUUCAUACGCCCAUUCCAUUGAUUCGACGAUGUUCCGCCGCGACUGUGUGGGAUCGCCGCCGCCAUGACCCCCGGCUACCUCCCUCCACCUUCGUAUCCCGACGUCUUGACCAAACCCCAAACCUGACUCCGACCCCGGUUCCCCGCUGGAAGAGUAUAAUAGCCAAAACACAAGCGGCCCGUGCGCACCAACCACCACCGGAGCAACAGGAUGGCCGAUAGCGGCGGAAUCAGCGCCGACAACGCCGCGGCCGCUAACGACGACGACGACACCAACACGGCGCCUUUCCCCGACACGGUCCAGGUCGGAGGAUCUCCCGAGUACAAGGUCGAGAGGAAGCUUGGCAAAGGUGGCUUCGGCCAUGUCUUUCUUGGCCGACGUCUGACUGCCGCCCACGCCGCACGCUCCGCGGCGUCCGCUGCCCAAGAGGUUGCCAUCAAGUUUGAGCACACUAGCAGCAAGGGCUGUACCUACGGCCCUCCAGCUGAAUGGCAAAUCUACACCGCUCUUGGAGGCACACACGGCGUGCCCAAGGUGCAUUAUAAAGGUCGUCAGGGUGACUACUAUGUCAUGAUUAUGGAUAUGCUGGGGCCUAGUUUGUGGGAUUCAUGGAAUUCAUUAGGCCAAUCCAUGCCAUCGGAAAUGGUGGCUUGCAUUGCCAUGGAGUCCAUUUCCAUCUUGGAAAGCAUGCAUUCUAAAGGAUAUGUGCAUGGAGACGUCAAACCUGAGAACUUUCUUCUGGGGCAGCCUUCAACGCCUCAUGAAAAGAAACUUUAUCUUGUGGAUCUUGGAUUAGCAACAAAGUGGAGAGAUACUGCUAAUGGGCAGCAUGUUAGUUAUGAUCAACGUCCUGAUGCCUUUAGAGGAACAGUCAGAUAUGCUAGUGUCCAUGCACAUUUAGGAAGAACCGCUAGCAGGAGAGAUGAUUUGGAGUCACUUGCCUAUACACUAGUAUUCCUUCACCGGGGCAGGUUGCCAUGGCAGGGAUAUCAGGGUGAUAAUAAAUCAUUUUUGGUGUGCAAGAGAAAGAUGAGUACCUCACCUGAGGCCCUCUGCGGCAUAUGUCCUCAACCUUUCAAGGAGUUUCUUGAGGCCGUUGUCAACAUGAAGUUUGAUGAAGAGCCAAACUAUUCCAAGUUGAUUUCAUUGUUUGACAGUUUAAUUGGACCAAUCCCUUCCAUUAGACCAAUCAAUACUGAUGGAGCCCAAAAGGUAGGGCAGAAGCGUGCCAGGUUGCUUAAUGAUGACGACGACCAUGUAAAAAAGAAGAUUCGGCUGGGUGCUCCUGCAACACAGUGGAUUUCAGUAUACAAUUCAAGGCAACCUAUGAAGCAGAGGUACCACUAUAAUGUGGCUGAUGCAAGGUUAGCGCAACAUGUGGAGAAAGGAAAUGAGGAUGGUUUGUUGAUAAGUUCAAUAUCAUCAUGCGCAAAUCUUUGGGCAAUCAUUAUGGAUGCAGGAACUGGCUUCUCAGCUCAAGUUUAUGAGCUAUCUUCACACUUUCUUCAUAAGGAGUGGAUCAUGGAACAAUGGGAUAAAAGUUUCUACAUCAGUUCUGUUGCUGGCUCCAACAAUGGAAGUUCUAUUGUAGUGAUGUCAAAAGGCACACCAUAUACACAGCAAUCUUAUAAAGUCAGUGAUUCCUUUCCAUUUAAGUGGAUAAACAAGAAAUGGAAAGAAGGUUUUCAUGUGACUGCAAUGGCAACAUCAGGCAAUCGAUGGGCUAUAGUCAUGUCCCGCAGUGCUGGAUUUUCUGAGCAGGUUGUGGAGUUGGACUUCUUGUACCCGAGCGAGGGCAUCCAUAGACGCUGGGACAAUGGCUUCCGUAUUACUGCAAUGGCUGCCACGAUGGAUCAGUCUGCGCUGAUCCUAAGCAAGCCAAGGCGUCGCCCAAGAGACGAGACACAAGAGACUCUGCGGACUACACAGUUUCCCAGUCAACAUGUCAAGGACAAGUGGGCCAAGAAUCUCUACCUUGCUGGGAUAUGCUAUGGGCGAACCGUGGCCUAACAUCGUCCGUUGCUGACCUAGCUGUUGUUUGAUGUAUAUUUUGAGUUUUUUAUCAGCUGCUACCAGCAUGAGCCACAAGGCAUUUGCCUUGUCGUAACCCAUGGAAAUUGGAAAGGGGAUGAAUUCCGAUGUAUGUGCCCGAACUUGAUUCUAGGGUUGGUCUCGUAAGUUAAUCGGGAAAGGCGGGUGCAGACACUACUGAUGAGCCGUAACGUACCCGUCAGAUCCCCCAGAUACAAUAAAACGAGUCUGUAAUGUGGCUUUUGCAUCGUAUUUUCUGCAUCGUGUUAAGGAGAAUUCUGUUUUUUU